CAAAAGCUUUUUGAGAUGGACUUUGCCCACAUUUCGAAUUCAUCUUUUUCACCCUUCAGUUCGCACGAGAACCUACAAGAAGAACGUGAGCAGUACAACAGCGCGCUCAUGCCCAGCAUCUUCGGCGUCAUCUGCUUCUUUGGGAUCUCUGGAAACUCCAUUGUCAUCUACACCAUUGUGAAGAAAACUAAGCUCUGCUCUCAGCAGACGGUGCCGGACAUCUUCAUCUUCAGCUUGUCCAUCGCGGACCUCCUCUUUCUCCUCGGCAUGCCCUUCCUCAUCCACCAGCUUGUGGGCAACGGCUCCUGGUGCUUCGGUGGCACCAUGUGCACCAUCAUCACAGCGCUAGACUCCAACAGCCAGAUCGUCAGCACUUACAUCCUGACCGUGAUGACUCUGGACCGCUACCUGGCCACCGUCCACCCCAUCCGCUUCAAACAUGUCCGAACCCCCUUCGUGGCCGGGGCGGCGGUGGCCCUGGUGUGGGUGUUCUCCCUGGUCUCCAUCACUCCGGUCUGGAUGUACACGGGACUCAUGCGUCUGAAGGACGGCUCUGUCGGCUGCGCCCUCCUGCUGCCCAACCCGGCCACGGGCACGUACUGGUUCACCCUCUACCAGUUCUUCUUGGCCUUCGCUCUGCCUUGGGUGGUCAUCUGUGGGGUCUUCUUCAAGAUUCUCCAAAACAUGUCAGUCGCGGUUGCUCCACUGCCCCGGCGCAGCCAGAGGGUGCGCACGAGAAAGGUGACCCGCAUGGCAGUGGCCAUCUGCCUGGUUUUCUUCAUCUGCUGGGCCCCCUACUAUGUCUUGCAGCUGGCCCACCUCGGAGUGCAGCGGCCCACCUUUGCCUUCCUGUACGCCUACAACAUUGCCAUCAGCAUGGGCUACGCCAACAGCUGUAUCAACCCGUUCAUCUACAUCAUCCUGAGUGAGACGUUCAAGCGCCAGUUCAUCGUGGCCCUCUGUCCGUCCCACCGGGCGUUCAGGGUGGCCCCCGCCCCGGCGGACGCCGGCAUGAGUCUGAAAACGGCUUCGGAGAGCUCUCAGCCGUCGCAGUCGGAGAGGGAGCUGCUUCAAAACCUGAUGCCCGUCACCGUGGCCGUGCACUGAGACGGAGGGCCACCACCUGCCACCGCGACCAGCUGUCAGUCCCCUCAGCAAACACCUCCGCUACCUGAAAACACACAUGUCCAUUCCAAACGUACAUUUGUGGGCCCAACUGUGAUGUAAUCCUGAAGAAUUACAUGCAAAAUAACCUAUAUGCCUCUGCAAAACUCAACAUAACAAUCGUUCUGAGCUGAGAGAUGAUUUAUAAAUCGUUGUGAUGUAUUGUGCAUGUCGUUCACGCUUGUAUCAUCAGGUUCGUGACUGCAUCCACUGCAGUGUCUUGUGUCUUGUUCCAGACUUAAAUGUCAAAGCAAUUGUCAGCGCAACACCACGAGCGCCUCAGGAUGUGCUGCUCCUCACACCCCAUGUGACCGAUGUGUUUUGAACCCUGCAGUCACAGACACACACUCACAGAGUGUGCAUCAGGGCUCUGUCAUGUAGAUACAGUACACAAGUAGAUACACACUCUCUGUGUCUAUGUUAUUGGUCUGUGUGUGUGUGUGUAACAUCUUCACCGUGAUGACAUCUGUCUGUUACAGCAUGCUGCACUCCUCCGGGAGAUCAAGGACGUGCGAUGUGAAAGCACUUGUGUUGUCCGGGAGUCAAAUUCAGUUUACUCCGAUACAAUUUCGCAGUGUGUUUUUCAUUGGAUUGCUUUGUGAGUUUCAACUGAAAUAUCUUCAUUCAACGAUGUGCAAGGACACGCAUUCCUAUCAGAAACAUCCGUUGUGCUAAUGUUCUCAGACUUGGUGAGUUUCCCCCUCCCCAAAUCUUUUCAUAGUGGGAAGACUCAGCUUCACUGCUGAUACAAAUGUCAAGUAACAGAGUGAAAUAAAACCGGGAUUACAUGGCAUUCACAUUAUAUUUCUUUAAUCAAAGAUAACCAAUUUAACCCCAAAAUAAUUAUAUAGUAAGGCAAUUAUUUACUUGAAACCCUAGUGAGACAUUAUUGUGGUAAUAAAGUACGGAUCA